GACACUAUUCGAUUCUAGAAUACACGAGAGUGCAAUAUACCAGGACAAUCUGCGUAACAAGGACGCAUUAUUACGUCACAAACUGCGGCAGCGACAGCAUAGUUCGAACGAUAGAGCUGGCAGCAUUGGUUCGUGCGAGUCCGGCUUUAGUAAUUCGUCAAGCAACAGUAGCGUUCCAAUUACAUUAGACAAAUGCGACACCAGCAGCAGUCAUUUCACGGAUUCGGGAAGUCGCGUGUCAUCAGAAGACGAUAGAAACACCCCACCCCCCAGACACGGAACAGGUUUGCAGGGACGUGCAGGCGAGUCGCCGAAGAUGGGCUACAGUCCCUCCAAGCCUGCGAGGCGCCAAACUUGUCAGAAAACCGACAUCCAAUCAGAAUCGCCCUGGCAACCACGUGACGAUAUGCAGCAAACACCAACACCACGAACCAGGUCAACUUCAUCCGCAAGAAAACGACCUCCGUUAACUCUUCAUAAUCCUAACUAUAAUGACGUCAUCGGAACGGAUGUGACAUCACAGCAGAAGGACAAAGACAACAAACAAGAGAAUGCUGAACGCACGAGAAACGAUGUAAUAACCCAUAAAGAAGACAUGAACCCAGCGUACAGAGUUACACGCCAAGGGACGAUCGGGGAGCAGAUUUCACCCGAUGACGUCACACCAAAAAACGUGGAUCAAACAGCGCCCCCGGUGUCCAAGGACAAGAAACGAAUUACCAAAGUUUCUUCUGUCCCAGAUGUGCCGGCAAAAUCCCGACCCAUAGCACGACGUGCCACUACUAAUGAUCUGCUAUCAAAAGCGAAGAAUGGCCGCAUGGGGCAGCCAAGUGUUAAAGAAAAGAGCAGUCCGCAGAUAGACGAAAAAGUUUCCCAUGGCAAGUUAAAGAAAACCGUGACUUCACCAGCCAUGCAACGUUCUGUGACGUCACCAACGUCACGUCAUCGCGGAGCAACGUCACCAUCGAAAAAAUCACCAUCAAAGGUUUCGCGAACGAAGUGUUUGUUGGCCCAACAAUAUGAGAAGGAGCAUCAUUACAAGUCACAUACUUACCGAGGUUUGCAGUGGUGCGAAUAUUGUGGUAACUUUAUGUGGGGGAUUAUCCAGCAAGGCGUUCAAUGCGUUGAUUGUGGUCUUAACGUACACAAGCAAUGUGCCAAACUCGUUCCAAACGACUGUCAACCUGCACUUAAGCAUAUACAUCACGUGUUCGGUGUCGACCUUACUACACUUGUCAAGCUGCAUAGUACACAGCGCCCUUUGGUGGUGGAUAUGUGCAUCGCUGAAAUUGAGAAACGAGGAAUGGACUCGGAAGGCAUCUAUCGGAUUCCUGGUUUUCACGAUGACGUCAUUGAACUAAAAGCAGCUUUCGACCAACUGGGAACCGAAGUGAAUAUGACUGCUUACGAAGACGUGAACACCAUAGCUGGUGCACUGAAACUUUAUCUUCGCGAGUUACCCGUCCCAUUGCUUCCAUACAGACUGUAUUCACGAUUCAUAAACGCUGCUAAAAUCUCCCACGAAAAUGGGAAAUUAGAUGCGAUACGAAUGGCAUUAAGUGCGACACCCGGUGCUCACUUUGAAACAAUCAAAUAUUUGAUUCAACAUUUAGGAAGAGUUUCUGAGCGCUCAAAUGAAAACCAGAUGAGUGCUCACAACCUCGGUAUUGUGUUCGGUCCCACCCUGUUACGUGCACCAGAGAACGAUGUGAAUCAACGUUACAAUCUUAAUGACACACAGUUCCAGCAGGAGGCGAUAGCGAGCAUGAUCGGUUAUCGACAACAUUUAUUUGGUCUCGGUUAAAAAAUCAUUUAAGCGUAACGUGAUGUAAUAUUUCUAUGUUAUGGUGAAAACUGCAAUGUGAUGAAUUUCACUGAUAUGACAUCACAAAUAUUGUUACGAGAAAAUCAGUUUUUGCAUUAUUGUGUUUACUGAAUGAGAUUUUAACUUUUUUUGGUAAUUUUAUCAAUUUUUAAUUUAAUUGCAAUCUACUUUAGUUGCAUACAGACUAAGUCAAUUUUUGCAAGUUUCUAUUGUUCUUGUAUGUUUAAGUUCCAUUGUACAACUUUAUUUUCAUUCCCACAUACUACUUGGUAAUCCCACAGAAAUGAAGUGAAAUAAUCAUUGUGCAAUAUCACCAUAUAUUUGUGUCGAAAAAAAAAAACAGUAAAACAACAAAAUUCGGCAUUUAUUAUGUACGGUAUAUUAACGUACUGGCAUUGGUAUGCUAUCGGUGCACUGUGCUUCAAUCCUGUCUUUUUUUGCCUGCAACCACGCUUUAUUUUGCCGUUCAAUUAAAAUCAAUUAUGUUA